AUGCCUGGCCGACAAUCCCACGGCCGACCCCUCCUCCCAACACCGGGGGGAAGCGGUUCCAAACCCCCCGGCAAAUCCCACGUCCGCACCUUUAACAACAACAACAAAUCCCGCGCCAAAUCCACCGCCAAAGCCCUCGACGCCUUCGCCCUCGCAUCCUCACAAUUCCCCGACUCCACCCGCGGCGUACGAACGCGCGGUCUCGAAGGUCAUGACGACGGCGGGCGGCUGCUGAAGAGGCCGCGGGGCAGAGACGAUGAUGAUGAUAGUGAUGAUGGCGAGGAUGGGUUUGGAGCGGGUGGGGAGGAUGGGGAUGGUGGUGGUGGUGGUGGUGGUGGUGGUGCUGCUGGGCGUGGGGGGCCGAAGAAGAGGGGCAGGAGGGAGGAGGAUGGGGAUGGGGAUGGGGAUGGGGGGUUUGAUGGGUUUUCCGAUGAUGAUGGGGAGGGGGGGAGUGAUAGUGAGGAGUGGCAUGUUGGUGUGGGUGCGGAGGAUGAGGACUCGGAGUUGGAUUCUGAUGAGGCGUUUGGGGAGAGUGAUGAGGAGAAGUUUGAUGGGUAUGCGUUGCCGGGGAAGGUGGGGAAGGGGAAGAAGGGGAGGAAGGUAAAAAAAAGAAGCGGGGAGGGGGAUGGAAGUGAUGAGGAGGAAGAGGGAGAUGAUGAUGAGGAUUUGGAGUCGUUGGGAUCGGACGCUAUUGAUUUGGCGACUGCGCUGGAUCAAUUUGAGGAGGACGAGGAGGACGAGGAGGAAGGGGAAGAGUCUGGGUCCGAAGAGGAUGAAGAAUCGACCGACGCGGAUGACGAGAGCGAGGAGGACGAAGAUGAUGAUGAUAAUGAUCCUUCGAAACUCGCGGCCCUGGAAAAUGUGUUUGCCGGGUUUGGAGAGGACGACGAGGAAGUGGAGGACGAGCCGGGGGCGCAAGGCAAGGUGAAGCUGAGCCUAAAGGACCUUGGGCUGGCUGGUGUGAAAGACCCGCACAUGAAGCGCUCUCUGCGGCUCAUGAACAAGGAGGAGAAGGCUGUUAAACCAGGCUCGUCCAAAAAGCUCGAGAUCCCGCUUGCCCAACGCCAGCAAGACCGUCUACUCCGCAGUGCCGCCUACGAAAAGACCAACGAGACCCUCGAUAAGUGGAUUGACACCGUCAAACACAACCGACGCGCCGACCAUCUGGUGUUUCCGCUCGCUCAAAACGCCCAGGAUCGUGGGUUAGAUAGCGGCGAGCUGAUGCCCAUCACCCAAAAGACAUCUGGUACCGAGCUUGAGCAAACGAUUCUGGCAAUCAUGGAGGAAAGUGGCCUGGGACCUACCGCCAAGACAGAGAACAAAGAGGGCAACGAACAUGACCGUCCGCCAGGGCUGUCACAAGCCGAACAACAAGAAAUAGCCCGGCAGCGGCGGCGCGAACGAGAGAUGCACUCGCGCGAGCAGGCCCGGGCCAAACGCAUCAAGAAGAUCAAGAGCAAAGCCUACCGUCGUAUCCACCGCAAAGAACUGGCCCGCGAAGAGGAGGCCGAGCGCGAGGAAGCCCUUGCGGCCGGCGAACUGGAUUCGGACGAUGAGCGAGAGGCUUUGGACCGUCGGCGCGCAAUGGAGCGCAUGGGUACCCGACACCGGGAGAGCAAGUGGGCCAAGCUGGGCAAGAAAGCUGGCCGGGCUGUGUGGGACGACGACUUCCGCGCCGGCCUUACCGACAUGGCGCGGCGGAAGGAAGAUCUGCGGCGCCGGAUCGAGGGCCAACGGACCGGUGAUGGCGGCGAUGAUGUUGAUGAUGAUGAAGGCUCUGAUGUCUCCGAUGCCUCGGAUAACGAAGGGGGGGAUCCCCGUCGUCGCCUUCUCGCGGAUCUUGAGCGUGCGGCUGCGUACGACGACGACGACGAGAAGCCGCAAUCUGGGCUCAUGGCGAUGAAAUUCAUGCAGCGAGGCGAGGAGCUGCGGAAAAAGGAAAACGAGGAAGCCAUUGCUGCGCUCCGUCGCGAGCUCGACUCGGACGCUGCAAGUUCGGGUGAUGAAGAAGCGGAAGUCGGGCGCAAGCAGUUCGGCAUGGGCAAUGCGGCCACUACGAUGAAGAACAUUUCGACAAGGAAAGCUAAAGCUGAAGCCCGUGGGCUGUCUGGGUCGUCCGUGGGUAUUGAGCCAUCAUCCCAGGGCCGCACUGAAGACACCGCUGUUUCGCUGUCUGCAGGUGCAUGGUCCUCCGAAGCGACACCAUCAGCGCCCGGAGCCGCGGGUGCCUGGGCUCAAGCCGAGCCAGUCAGCCGGAAGAGCAAGAAGGGCCCCAAGGCCAAAGCCGAGGAAUUCGACCUCUCCAACGCUGCAGUCGUCGUCAAAGCCGCUAAGCCCAAAGCCAAGUCCCAUGCCACCCCUGCUAUCACCACCAGCACCACCGAUGGCACAGUCGCCACGGCGGCUGAAGACUCCGAAGAAGAUGACGCCCUUCACCUCCCCAUGGCUAUCCGCGACCAGCACCUGAUCGAGCGGGCGUUCGCUGGCGAGGACGUCCACGGUCAAUUCGAAGAGGAGAAAGCGGAGAUGGAGCAAGAAGACGACGAGAAGGAGGUCGACAACACGCUUCCGGGGUGGGGCAACUGGGUCGGCGACGGUGUGAGCAACCGGGAGAAGAAGAAGCACCAGGGCCGGUUUGUGACCAAGGUGGAGGGGGUCAAGAAGAAGGACCGUAAGGAUUAUAAGCUGAAGGAUGUGAUUAUCAGCGAGAAGCGAAUUCGCAAGCUGCCGCACCCGUUCGAGUCGCAGCAGCAGUACGAGCGGUCAUUGCGGCUGCCGGUCGGGCCGGAGUGGUCGACCAAGGAGACGUUCCAGCAAGCGACGAAGCCGCGGGUCAUUGUCAAGCAGGGGGUCAUUGCGCCCAUGUCGAAGCCGAUGUACUAG